AUGUCAAUGAAUACAUUGAAUCUUCGGAACGGUGGCAUCCUGGCCGGUCUUCCCUAUUCAACCAGUGAAUAUGAAUAUCGGGGAGCAAAGCACUUCUGGAAAACCAUUGAUGCAGAAGUGAAUCUACUCGACCAUGAUAAAACGGGAGACAGGAGUCAAUAUGUAAUAUUUACACAUCUGCCCGAACAGAAGUUCCUGGAAGAGAUUGACUCUGAGGAAUUCAAAUUUUUCGAUUCCUAUGAUCCCGAAUUCGAAAUUCUUUUGCUCAAAAUGCCUACCAAAGCUCAUGAACUACUGAGCGAGGAGUUUGCCGCUGAGCUAAUUGCAAAAUUCGCCCUUGAGGGCAUGAACGAUGCUCGACGCGGGUUGUUUCAACUGGGACACGCCCGAGUCGACUUGCCUUCGCGGCGGAAGGAGCCCGACAAGUCGUAUCAGCCAGAAACACUCCCGGCAGGCCGCACCGACCACUUCCCUUCGUUCAUAAUCGAGACAGGGUUUUCGGAGUCCCUGGGCAAGUUGCGCAACAAUGCCACUUUGUGGGUGACCGAAUCCAGUGGCGAUGUGAAGAUCGCUCUCCUCAUGUCGACUAGUAAGAAAACGAAGGGCAUCGUAUUCGAAAUCUUUCAGCCCGGCCACCACCGCUUCACCCGAGGGCACCCUGCCAGGGUAGUUGCCGAAUUGAAACAAAAGGCAACCGUCAAGACCGACAAGGAUGGCCAAGUCGUGGCCGAUGGCCGUCUCAGAAUCCCAUUCGAGGAUCUCUUCCUGCGGCGCCCUAUCUCGCCGGAGAAAGAUCUCAUUUUCUCGGAGGGUGACUUGAUCUUUAUCGCAAGGAAGGUCUGGAGUUCUCAAUUCUGA